UUUUAAUUCUCCAAAAUGAUUAUGGACACAGCUGGAAAUGAUCCAUAUUGUUUUGCAGAGUUUUCUGAGCGUCGUCAUGCAGCUGCAGCACUAGCUGCUAUGAAUAGGCGGAAGAUGAUGGGUAAGGAAGUCAAAGUGAAGUGGGCAACAACCCACAGCAGUCAAAAGGAUACAAGCAGUAGUACCGUUGUCAGCACACAGCGUUCACAAAGUCAUUUCCAUGUCUUUGUUGGUGAUCUCAGUCCAGAAAUUACAACUGAAGAUACAAAAGCUGCUUUUGCACCAUUUGGAAGAAUAUCAGAUGCCCAAGUGGUAAAAGACAUGGCAACAGGAAAGUCUAAGGGAUAUGGCUUUGUCUCCUUUUUCAACAGAUGGGAUGCUGAAAACUCCAUUCAACAGAUGGGUGGCCAGUGGCUUGGUGGAAGACAAAUCAGAACUAACUGGGCAACCCGAAAGCCUCCAGUUCCAAAGAGUACAUAUGAGUCGAACACCAAACAGCUAUCAUAUGAUGAGGUCGUAAAUCAGUCUAGUCCAAGCAACUGUACUGUAUAUGGAGGAGGUGUCACUUCUGGGCUAACAGAACAACUAAUGCGUCAGACUUUUUCGCCAUUUGGACAAAUAACGGAAAUUCGAGUCUUUCCAGAUAAAGGAUAUUCUUUUGUUCGGUUCAAUUCCCAUGAAAGUGCAGUACAUGCAGUUGUUUCUGUUAAUGGAACUACCAUUGAAGGCCAUGUUGUGAAAUGCUACUGGGGCAAAGAAACUCUUGAUAUGAUAAAUCCCAUGCAACAGCAGAAUCAAAUUGGAUAUCCACAAGCUUACGGCCAGUGGGGCCAGUGGUAUGGGAAUGCACAACAAAUUGGCCAAUAUAUGCCUAAUGGUUGGCAAGUACCCGCAUAUGGAAUGUAUGGCCAGCUAUGGAACCAGCAGGGAUUUAAACAGUCUUCUGCACCAUGGAUGGGACCAAAUUAUGGAGUGCAGCCGCCUCCAGGACAGAAUGGCAGCAUGAUGCCUAAUCAGCCUGCAGGGUAUCAAGUUGCAGGGUAUGAAACCCAGUGA